CAGCACGAUCGACAGAGAGCUAUCACUUGGCUUUCGACGAGGCUCUGGUCGUGAUAGAAGUUGGAGAUGAAAAUGAUAAUGCCCCUAUAUUCGAAGUGCAGGGGCGCCCCAUUGUUGCUGCCGUACCUCUUGAAGCUUCGUUCGGCUACCAAGUCUUACGCAUAACGGCAAAGGAUGCGGAUGUGGGCUACAACAGUGCGAUUCGUUAUGAAAUUAUUCGCAAGCCCGAAGACGCGUCUGUGAAAUUCCACAUCGAUCCAGUGUCCGGGGUUGUGAGAUCUAUGGUGACAUUUGCCCUCGAUGGUGGUCGCAUCUACGGGUUUGAUGUGAAGGCCACUGAUAGAGAAGGCAGUGAAAAUGGCCACUCGGCUGUAGCCAACGUUUUUGUUUACGUGUUGCCCGAAACAAAGCUGGUGCUUUUCGUCGCUGGUAGAACGCCAUUAGCUAUUGAACAGCACGUAGACAAGAUUUUAAGUUACUUAAGUAACCUGACCGGAUAUGACGUCAAAAUGGCCAAACUGGAACCUCAUCAUGAUGGAGAAUACGAAGACAGAGAAAGUACUGACUUGUUCCUGUAUGCUGUACACCGCGACACGAAUGACAUAGUGGACACGGAAGUAUUACUAAAUGCUUUGGAACAGAGAUCCGAACUAAUUGUGUCCAACUUGGAUAAUUUCAAUAUUGUUCGAAUUCAGGGAGUAUCCGUUCAGGAGAAAAUAAGUCAGAUGGGUACCACAGAGAUAGCUAUCAUUGCUCUUAGCAGUGUCAUCUUCCUCGGAGCGGUGUUAGGUAUAGCUCUGCUAUGCUCAUCUUGCAAGAAAAGGAAAGUUCGCCGUAGGCAUACCUCUUGGGAACAGCAAAGAUUAUAUAACAUCAAGAAUCCCUUGAUGGGUAAAAGCUUAGGUAAUCCUUAUGGUAGCAGAAGUACACCAAAUGGUACAGUGGAUAACAUCAAAGCAGCUUACGCAAAUGGUGAUCUUUCCGUGCCCGAUUACAGUGACAGUCUUGGCGACAAUCACUCAAUGAAAAGAAACAACAGGAGAUCUAGGCAGCAGGUUCCACCAGACGGCGCGUCGUCGCUGAACGCAUCUAACGCCAGCCCAAAGUUUGAGAAGUACAACAAAAACGAUAGUCAAUGGUACGAUAUGAGGGAUGGAGCGGACUCCAUGUAGGGUAUCCGGGUUUUCUAGAGGAUCUGGAUUUACUAGCUGGUCUUCUAGAAGAAACAACAAUCCAGUCACUGAAUUAUAAAAUUUUGCCAUGUUGUUGAAAAUGUCGAAGUGAGAAUGAACUCUGUUAUAAGAUGUACCGUCUGAGGAUAGAUGUGUUUUCCGGCUACGAACUUUCUGUUAGCUCAGGAAAAAGUAACGUAAAUGUCAUUAACGAUCUUCUUUCUCUCAGAUUGGAAAUAAAGUGCCGAAUUUCUCGAAUGAACUUUAAA